AGAAAUGACUCAAGUUGGUUGAAAGUAAGAACAACACUGUUUGGCAUGUCAUUCUAUUCAACGUCGUCGUUCCGUUGCAGUUUCGCGCUCUGCAAUCCGAAGCUGCAGCCUCUCGUUUCAAUGUCACUGUCUUCGAAGCUACCGUUGCACUUUUCCGGCAACGCUCGAUUCAACCGCAACCAUGUCCACCACCACCCAACCGCACUCAGAAUUCGUGCUUCAAACGCAAGUUCAUCGGGAAGUGGCACCAACCUCGUCUUAUUGAGCUCCACUGUCACCGUUACAACAGCGGUAGCCAAUCGCGUGCUUUACAAAUUGGCCCUUGUUCCCAUGAAAGAAUACCCUUUUUUUCUCGCCCAGUUCAUAACUUUUGGGUAUGUUGUUAUAUAUUUCUCCAUCUUGUAUAUUCGGUACCGGGCUAGAAUAGUAACCGAUGAGAUGAUGGCAAUUCCGAAAUUGCGUUUUGUCGCCAUUGGACUUCUGGAAGCUUUGGGAUUGGUUGCUGGAAUGUCUGCUGGAGCCUUACUUCCUGGACCAGUCAUACCCAUAUUGAAUCAGACAUUUUUGGUUUGGCAGCUAAUGUUUUCCAGCCUUCUCUUGAAAAGAAAGUACACAAUCAAUCAAUUGAUUGGGUGUUUACUUGUAGCCUCCGGUGUCAUAGUGGCUAUUACAAGUGGCUCAAAUGCUGGUCAAAUGCUCUCUGAUAUUCAGUUCUUUUGGCCAGCAUUGAUGAUAAUUUCAUGUGCUUUUCAAGCUUUGGCUUCUGUAAUCAAGGAGUAUAUUUUUAUUGACUCAGCUACUCGAUUAAAGCACAAGUCACUGGACAUAUUUGUGGUCAAUUCGUUUGGAUCUGGCUUUCAGGCUCUUUUCGUAUUUCUGUCUCUGCCUUUACUUUCAAAAUUGAAAGGCAUACCAUUUGCUGAACUUCCUUCAUAUUUUAAAAGCGGUGCCGGUUGUUUUCUAGGUAAACCAGGUUGUGAUGGCGCUCCCCUACUUCCACUGCUUUACAUAAUUACCAAUUUGGCAUUCAACAUAUCCCUCCUUAAUGCAGUAAAAACUUCUUCUGCAGUUGUAUCUUCUCUUCUAGUAAUGUUGUCAGUGCCCAUAUCUGUUUAUAUUCUUUCUCUACCAUUACCAUAUCUUCCCGAGGGAACAAGCUUGAGCCCAUUUUUUUUGCUUGGCUGUGGAAUUCUUCUGUGUGGUCUCUUACUGUACAACACAUCUCGACCUGUGAGGAACAGCUCUGAAGUGGACUGAAACCGUCCCAGUUCUGAGGAUGAACUAUCGGCUGGGCACCCUGCCCAAAGCAGCCUCCAGGUACUACUGUUCACGGUGAAAUAUAUUUUCUCCAACGUGCUCGAAUUAUACAUACUCACUAUCCUUGCGAUUAUUCUUUUGAGCCGAAAAUUUGUUCGGUUUCCACUUUUGAGUGUCACUUAGUUGCUUUAUGAUGGCUGACUUCCUCGUUCUUCCACUGGAUUAUUGUAACUUAAGAUUAUGCAUAUAUCUCUGAUCACUUGUUCUGGUAUAUUUUCAUGUACAUUAAUACAUAACAGAAAAAUGCAGUUGACAGAAAUGCAAGGUGCGAACAUUUUUAA